AUGACUCAUCCUCAUCCCCCCCGCCCCCUCAAAGAUACUCAUAUAAAAACCCCAGAUUUCCUAUACCUAUUCACGACAUUAUCCGUCAGUCCCGCACCGCCAAAAUGGCCCCCUCCACCCGCCCAACAAUCCAACUCCCCACAGUCGAAGCCUACGACAAAUGGGCACCCGUACGCACCCCGCCCCGCCCCGCCCCUCUCCUCUCCUCCCCUCCCCUUCCCCAGCUCCCCACAACUCUUCCAACCCAAACUAACACCUCCCCCAGACCUACGACCACGACGGCAACAUCCUCCAACUGCACGACGACCACGCCUUCACCACCACAAUCCCCCCCUCCUCCUCUCCCACCCCCCCACGCACCUCCUCGACCUCGGCUGCGGCACCGGCCGCAACACGUCCAAACUCCACGCCCUCCUCCCCCCCACCAGCCACAUCACCGCCCUCGACGCCAGCCCCGCCAUGAUGUCCAUCGCACAAUCACGCCUCCCCUCUCCGCGCAUCACCUGGGUCCUGCACGACCUCACCCGCAACACCCCGCUUCCCGUCACCGCACCCGUCGACGCAGUCGUGUCAACGCUGGUGCUGGAACACGUGGGCCUCGAUGUAUUCUUCGGCGCGGUGGCCGGCGUGCUACGGAGCGGCGGGUGGGCGUAUGUGACGAGCAUGCACCCACAGAUGGGCGCUGUGUCGCGGGCGGGGUUUGUGGAUGAGCGGGGAGUGAAGGUGCAGGGGGUGAGCUAUAAUCAUCAGGUCGAGGAGGUGGUGGCGAGUGCGGAGAGGGCUGGGUUGAGGCUGCAAGGGGAGGUCGGGGAGAGGGGGGUGGGGGAUGAAGGUGAGGUGGAGGGGCUGGGGGUGAGGGCGAGGAAGUGGGUGGGGGUGGUGAUGCAUGUGGAGAUGGUGUUUUUUAAGGUGUGA